AUGGCGUCUCUCCUCUUGAAGCACCUUGCUUCCUCCCUGACCCGACGGAUGUCCCAGAUGAGCCGGAUACAUCUGACCUUCUCCUCACCAGCAGCUAGCGCCUACAGAAGUCUCUGCAGCCUCUCCACGGCUCCACACGCGCUCCUGCUGUCUUCGACCAGAGUUGGCUCCAUCCAGUCCUGCUCGUCUGGCUCCUCUGCUCAGUGUGGAUCAUCUCUGUUGGGACAGUGUCAGCGUCUUCCCUGCAUCCAGCCCUCUGCAGGCAUGAAAACCAGGUCUGCCCUGAGGAGGCGCUGCAACGACUGUUUCUUUGUCCGACGGCGGGGGCGUUUGUUUGUGUUUUGCAAGACUAACCCGAGACACAAGCAGAGGCAGGGAUAA